CGUGAGCGCCGGUCGCUCGCAUGGGCCGCGCUCGGUAACGCGGCAUGCACGCGCUCGCCGCACUCGCCGCCUGCUGCGUGGUGGCGCGCGCCGAGCCGCCCGCCCCCCUCGCGACGCGCAACUCCACCCCCCACAUCCUCCAGUGCUCCGACGGGCUCGUGCUCCCCGCCUGGCGCCCGCUCCAAGAUGUUCCCACCUUCGAGAUCGCCAUCCGCGGCGUCGUCUACUUCGUCGCCCUCCUCUACCUCUUCAUCGGCGUGUCCAUCGUCUCCGACCGCUUCAUGGCCGCCAUCGAAGUCAUCACCUCCAGAGAGAAGGAGGUGCGCGUGCGACGGAACGGCAGUGACCAGAUCAUUGUCGUUAGAGUAUGGAAUGAGACGGUUGCAAAUCUAACGCUAAUGGCUCUAGGAUCAAGCGCGCCAGAGAUUCUGCUGUCAGUCAUAGAGAUAGCCGGGAAGAACUUUGAAGCGGGAGAAUUAGGGCCGGGAACCAUCGUCGGAUCGGCCGCCUACAAUCUCUUCGUUAUUAUGGCCAUAUGCGUUGGUGUGAUUCCUGACGGAGAAGUGCGAAAGAUAAAACAUCUGAGAGUAUUCUUAGUAACUGCCACUUGGUCGAUCUUUGCUUACGUGUGGCUGUAUCUGAUUCUUGCCGUUAUAUCGCCGAGUGAGGUCGAGGUAUGGGAAGGCGCUGUCACUUUCCUAUUUUUUCCGGCGACCGUUAUGACAGCGUAUAUAGCAGAUCGAAGGCUUCUUAUGUACAAGUACCUAAAGAAAGGGUACAGAGUGAAUGAGCGAGGUGUCAUCGUAGAAGCUGAGGGAGAUGGCUCAGUAGAAAUGGCUCUAAAACCCGGCGGAGAAGAUUUUGCAUCCGAUGACGAGGAAGGUCGGGAAAUAGAGAAGUCUCGUAAAGAAUACGUUUCAGUUCUCCGUGAACUGCGGAGACAACAUCCUGAAGAGGAUUUGGAAACUGUAGAGAGAAUGGCUUUGGAAACUUUAAUGUCUCGUGGACCGAAAUCUCGAGCAUUUUAUCGAGUGGCAGCAACGCGUAAAAUGACAGGAGGAGGAGAUUUCUCUAGAAAGAUAUCAGAAAGAGCACAGAGCGACCUUAGCGAGGUGAAAGCUGAGUUACAGCGACGGGAAUCCAGUUCUCCAUCGAUCGAGCCGCGAGGACCUGUUGUCCGCUUUGAUCCAGACCAUUAUACCGUCAUGGAGAAUUGCGGAUCUUUCGAAGUGCGAGUGGUCAGGUCUGGAGAUAUGAACGGAGAGAUCAGUGUUCAUUACAGCACUGAAGAUGGGACGGCAGAGGCAGGGUCGGACUACGUUGCCGCUCACGGGCAACUGGUCUUCGGCCACGGAGAAACUGAGAAGACGUUCCGCGUUCAGGUUAUCGACGACGACGUCUUCGAAGCGGAUGAGCAUUUUUACGUGCGUUUAUCUAAUCCCCGAGGGGCUUCCAUAGCUUCGCCGUCGACGGCGACAGUGGUGAUAUUAGACGAUGACCAUUCCGGUGUGUUUGCGUUCCCGCAAAGGGAUUUCGAGCUGACAGAAUCUGUGGGGACGUACGAUUUGCGCGUUGUGCGAACGGCCGGAGCCAGGGGAAAGGUGCGGAUUCCGUAUUGGACGGAGGAUGGCACCGCCAAGAGUGGUGUGCAGUACGAGGCGGCUCAAGGACACAUCGUCUUCGAAAACAACGAAGCUGAGAAAUUCAUCCCACUUCACAUCAUAGAAGAGGACAGUUAUGAAAAGGACGUCCUUUUCUACGUAAACCUUGGCGAUCCGGAGUUGCUUGGUGACGACGAUAACCCGGUGAACCCGGGGCAUGAAGUGAACCACCUGGCCACCCUGCCAGAGGAGGAGGCCGUGGUGGCGAUGAUGGGGCUGCCCCGGCCGGGAGACAUCACCAGGGCGCAGCUGCGAAUCAAGGAGAGCAAGGAAUUCAAGAACACUGUUGACAAACUAGUACAAAGAGCAAACGCAUCAAUAAUUAUAGGGACGUCCUCUUGGAAGGAGCAGUUCACAGAAGCCCUCACUGCCAGUUCUGAUGACCCCGACGAGCCACCGUCAUGGGGUGACUACUGCCUGCAUGUCUUCACUCUCUUCUGGAAGAUCAUCUUCGCCUUCGUUCCUCCUACCGACAUUGGCGGUGGCUACGUGUGCUUCGUCGUGUCCAUUAUCUGCAUAGGCCUGGUGACUGCUGUGAUAGGUGACGUGGCGUCCCACUUCGGGUGCACCCUGGGCAUCAAGGACUCAGUCACUGCUAUUGUCUUCGUGGCGUUGGGGACUAGCAUACCUGAUACCUUCGCCAGUAAGGUAGCAGCCAUACAGGACAAGUAUGCUGACGCGUCUGUGGGCAACGUGACGGGCUCCAACGCUGUCAAUGUAUUCCUCGGCAUCGGAGUGGCCUGGACAGUCGCUGCUGUGGUCCACUGGAGCAAGAACGAGAAGUUCGUCGUGGAGCCAGGGAACUUAGCUUUCAGCGUGACCAUGUUCUGCUCAGAAGCCUUCGUCGCCGUGCUGAUCUUGGUCAUCAGGAGGAAAAAGUCCAUCGGCGGCGAGCUGGGCGGCCCCCGCGGUGUUAAGAUUAUUACCUCCAUCUUCCUCUUCUCUUUGUGGCUCAUCUAUCUCACCAUGUCCAGCUUGGAGGCGUAUGACGUCAUCCAGGGAUUCUAAAAUUAUUUGAAAUUUCGGUUGGGGAUCAUCUAUGCUGUCCGAAUUGGUGUAAGACGCCAUCCUGAGAUAUUAAAAUUUGGGUGUGGGCUUGGGGACAAAAUUGUAUUGUUGCAAAAGGCAAAAAGCGGGUUGGCUUUCUUGAUACGUCAGAAACUUUAAAGUUGUAUAGCAAACUAAAGCAAAGGUUGAUAAGUACCUACUAACUGACUUUAACAAGGCUAAGAAUGACAACAACAAAAAAAAAUGAAUGAAAUGAUCAUCUCAUAAAUAAUGUUGUCAUCUAUAAACUUAGCUGAAAAAGUGAUCCAUGAAAUUUAAAAAAAAACGAAUAUUAAAAAACCACUACAAAUAAAUUGACCCCAUUAAAAACAAAGAAAGAACACACAAUACACUACGAUGACGCCAACCGUGAGAUACAAAAAGCGCCUAAAAUAGAUAGAUAUAAAGUUCAAAAGAGAAAAGGGAUGUAUGUGCUCAAAUGUACGUAUAAAGAUGUAGAUUUAGAAAUUCUCGAUCGUCUUUCCUUCUUCUUAGAUCUCUUUCUAUCUUUCAGAAUUCCAAAAUUAAGCCUUGAAGGCUGUGGUAUUUAGACAAAUUAGAUUAAAUUGGAUUCUAUGCAUUGUAAUGAUGUAAGUCGGAUUAAAAGAAAAUGACUUCGUACGGGUAAUUUAGAUAAAACAAAGGUAGCGCAAAACAGCGAAGUGGUUAUACACGUUUUUAGUGACAACGUAACGUAUACUGAGGGGGAAGAUACAGCUCGAUUAGAUUUUGAGUACCAAGUGGAAUUUUCCUCGCAAUAUUCAUGAUUAAAAGAUUAAAAAGACAUCAUUUUCAAAUUAUUUUGAAAUUCUAUACUUUUGCGAUAGAAAAGUCACUAACAGCCAUACGUACUCGUAUGGCUACUUGUACGUACUUGUACGGGGUGUAAGUGACAUCAUAACGAAUACUGAGGGGGAUGAUUCAGCUCAUUAUUCUGAGUUAAUAUCAAGUGGAUUUUCCUGACGGAAAAUACAUGAUUUUUUU